AUGGAUAGCCAACAGUUGAACGAGAUUUAUGCUUUUGCCGUCCAAUUGGGCAAGGAUGCGGGAGAUAUGCUCAUGGCUGCAGCCCAGCGCCGCAUCGAUGGUCAUGGCACUUCCUCCACUACCGUAUCAUAUGUCGAGAAGGAGAACUCGGUAGACCUGGUAACCAAGACUGACAACGAUGUCGAAAACUUUAUUCGUACAACUGUCGCCAGUAAAUACCCCGACCAUGGAUUCCUGGGAGAGGAGUCAUACUCUGCUGGCGCAUCACGAACUUACCUUGUCGACGACAAGCCAACAUGGGUAGUCGAUCCCCUCGACGGUACCGUCAACUUUACACAUCUCUUUCCCAUGUUUUGUGUAUCCAUCGCUUUCGUCGUUAAGGGUAUCCCGGUUAUUGGGGUCAUCAAUGCACCUUUCCUUCGCCAAUUCUUCUCGUCAUGCACAGGCCAAGGCGCAUGGUUGAAUGAGACUCAACGGCUGCCAUUGAUUCGAAACCCAAUCCCUCCCAUGCCUGCAAAUGCUCCUAGCGCUUGCACAUUCUCAUGCGAAUGGGGCAAAGACCGUCGAGAUAUCCCAGACGGUAACCUGUCGCGAAAGAUCGAGUCUUUUGUCAACCUAGCUUCAGAGAGGAAUGGACGAGGAGGCAAGGGUGGGAUGGUUCAUGGUGUGCGAAGCUUGGGAAGCGCAACCUUGGAUCUUGCAUAUGUCGCAAUGGGCUCUUUAGAUAUCUGGUGGGAAGGUGGUUGUUGGGAAUGGGACGUAGCUGCUGGUUUCGCCAUUCUCGAAGAAGCUGGUGGUCUUGUUACAACUGCCAAUCCUCCCAACGAUCCAGAAACUGUCGAAAUAACAAGGGCGCAUCUCGGCGGUCGCUUAUACCUGGCAAUACGCCCUGCAGGUCCCUCGGGAACAGAAACCGCACGCCAGACACAAGAACGAACUGUAAGAGAAGUGUGGAAGCGUGUUCGCGAAUUAGAUUACAAGCGCCCUGGUGUAUAG